AUGAAUUUAAUACCGAUGCCAAGACAUCCUAGUAAGACAUCCCUACCCCGCACCGCAUCCGACGCCCCCGGCAGCCCCGGCGCGCGCACCACGUGGCGGCGCCCGCUGGAGUUCAUCCUGGCGUGUCUCGGCUACGCGGUCGGGCUCGGCAACGUGUGGCGGUUCCCGUUCUUGUGCUACAGGAAUGGGGGCGGAGCGUUCCUCAUCCCAUUCUUCUUGAUGCUGAUGUUCAUCGGCCUGCCCAUAUUCUACCUGGAACUGUACAUCGGGCAGUACACCGGCAUGGGUCCCUUGCAGUCCUUCGCAGCAAUCUCGCCGUUCUACAGUGGCCUCGGUUACUGCACGCUGGUGAUAAUAUUCCUCGUGCUGGUGUACUAUAUGGUCAUUGUGGCGUGGACGCUAUUUUACACUGUGAUGUCGAUAAUAGGGCAGUUGGGUUGGGGCUCCUGCGAUAAUUAUUACAAUAGCGAACAUUGUUACAGUGGGUCCUACGAUAAGAAAUGUCGCGAGUCCAACACAGGCUCGUCGGCUGACCUCACUUAUUAUCUACGGAAGUGCAUGACCAUCGCAGAGAUAUGCACUUUGCAAGGACUGGCUCCGGCCGAUGGGAAGCACUGCUUGAAUGGAACGAACAGAGUGCCGUGGUACAACAACAUCACGAGGGUACUGGCGUCGGAAGAGUAUUACAAUGAGCGUGUGCUAGGCCUGGGCGGUGCCACGUGGGCGCGCUGGGGCUCGCUGCAGUGGCACCUCGUCGCCUGCCUCUUCGUCUCCUGGGUCAUCACCUUCUUGUGUGUCAUCAAGGGUGUAGCGUCAGCAGGCAAGGUGGUCUACUUCACGGCGCUUUUCCCCUACGUGAUGCUGACGAUCCUGCUGGUGCGCGGGGUCACGCUGCCGGGCGCCGGCGCGGGAGUCUUCUUCUUCCUCAACCCGACGUGGGACACCCUGCUGGAAGCGCGAGUGUGGGGGGACGCCGCUUCUCAGACGUUCUACUCGUUCGGCGUAGCAUGUGGUUCUCUCAUCACGCUCGCUUCGUACAACCGCUUCGAGAACAACUGCCACUUCGACGCGGUGUUCGUGUCGGUCGCCAACUUCGGCACUUCUGUGUACGCCGGCUUCGCCAUCUUCUCCGUCAUGGGCUUCCUGGCGCUGAGCAUGGGAGUCAGUGUGCAUGACGUGGCAGCAAGCGGCCCCGGGCUCGCCUUCGUGGCGUACCCCGAGGCCAUCCUCCAGAUGCCGCUGCCUCAGCUGUGGGCGGUUCUAUUCUUCUUCAACCUGUUCACGAUGGGCAUCGGCAGUCAGUUCGCGGGGGUCGAGUGUGUGAAUUCAGCUAUUGUGUACCGGUGGCCCUGGUUUAGAGACCGGUAUUGGAUGUCCACAGCGUUCACGUGCAGCUCUUGCUUCGUGCUGGGGCUGCCGAUGUGCUUCAGCGGCGGCGUGUACCUGUUCACCAUCCUCGACUGGAACACCGCCUCGUGGGCCAUCCUGCUGGUGGGGGCUGGCGAGUGCAUAGCAGUAGCGUGGACAUACGGCUCGCGGCGUGCGCUGGCCGACCUGGCCGACAUGGGCAUGCCUCACCCUCCCUACGUCCGACUGUACUGGACCGCCGCCUGGAAGUACAUCGUGCCUGUGGGCAGCAUGGCGACACUAAUAUUCGUGUUAGUGGACUGGUCACCCCCCUCGUACAGAGAAUACAGAUUCCCCCUAAUGGCGGAGGCUCUAGGCUGGCUCGUGGGCAUCUCUACCCUGGUCUUGUUCCCUAUAGGGGUCCUGUGGGCUUGGCGCAAGGGUUACAAAGGAAAGAAACUGUUUGAGCCGACGGAGGACUGGCAGCCGUCCAUGCCGGCGGCCCCUAGCGGCUAUAGACCAUAGACAUAAUAGCAAUCAUAUAUACUACAG